AUGUUCUCUCAGAAGAAGCCAUACUCGGCAGUCACUGUGACCAUCGAGCGCCUCACUAGUGAGGCUUAUGAGGAAGAUGAUCUUAGUGGGAUCCCAGACCUCGUUGAGGUGAUCAAGCUCCAGGACGCGACAGGAGCCACUGAAGCUGCCCGGGCCAUUCGGAAGAAGCUGAAAUACGGCAGCGUUCAUCGCCAACUGCGUGCGCUGACACUUCUCGACGGCCUUAUUCAAAAUGCCGGCCCUCGCUUUCAGCGCACAUUCGCGGACGAGACCCUCCUAGAGAGACUGCGUGUGUGUGGCACAUCUGACCUGUCGGAUCCCGAGGUCCGAAAGAAAUGCUCAGAGCUAUUUCGGAGCUGGGCGACUGAUUACAAGAACACGCCUGGCCUGGAGAGGAUUGCCAAACUGUACAAAGAACUCCCUCGCCGUAAACAAGUCGUUACUCAAGAACGGUCAAAGGUGAUCCGGGAGACGGAGAAUCCAUUUGGAGAAGAGGAGGAGGAAGCUGCCAGAGCGAUGGCAGGCCCCUCGUCCUCCAGGGCGUCACCGCCUUCAACGCAGACUACCGGUCGAAUUGAGUCCUUCAGCUAUCUGGGCUCGUCCAAAGACAAGAAGAAGAAGGACAAGGACAGGAAGGGCAGGAAGGGCAAACCAUUCGACCUCGAGGCAGAGAAAGAGGCGAUGAAAACGACUGUCGCGGAUGCCUCCAUGGCUGCUACUGGGCUCCUCAAUGCGCUGCAGAGCAUUAACCGUGAACAGGAGCGCAUCUCGGAGAACCAGCUCGUUCUUGAUCGAUUCGAGGCCUGCAAGUCACUCCGGAGGAGAGUCUUGCGCUAUAUCUAUCAUGUCGAGUCUGAGCAGUGGCUCGGCGGCCUUCUGCACGCCAACGACGAGCUUGUCACUGCUCUCAUGACUUUUGAGCAGCUUGAUCGGUCCAUCGACGCGGACUCUGACUCUGAUGAUGACCUUGCGGAGCAAGCUCAUCUCUACAGAAUGAUCACGGAGAAGGCCAAGGAAGGAGCAUCGCCCACCAACCCCGUGCCGGAAAUGGGUGGCUUGAGCAUGGAACCCAAUCCACCGCUGCCGACUAGGCCGGCCGCACCCCCUAGGCCAAUGGGCGCAAAGCCAACCUCGUCCAGGCCGCCACCACGACCGCAGCCCGAUGAUUCGGAUGCGGAUAGCUAUGAGGAUGAGGACGAGAAUGACCCAUUCGCGGACCGGAAUGCGGUUGUUACCCCGAAGGUGGAGCGGGGAGAGCCUCAGUGGUAG